UAUAUCGUUUAUUGUUCUCUUUUCUGAUCACCUAGGCUACAACCUACAAGUCACCGGAAAGAAAAUACUAGCGUACUCUUACACAUUUUGGGCUGAAAUGUAAGCAAUGGUAUACAAGCCCAUGGCCCAAAACAUAGGAUCUUUUUAGUUCUAGUGAUGUCUGUUUUCAAUAGUUUGUCCCUUUUUUUUUUCUCUAUCACAUACCACAACUUGCAAGUUUUAAACUCGUGAGUAAUGAAUGAGCCAGCCUAUAUUUGUCAAAAAAUAAAUCCCAAUAAAGUCAUAUUAAUUACGAGUAUUUGAUAUGUUGGUCGUAAUAUAAACUAUCAUCAUUACAAGAAAGAGUCAUAAGUUCUUGAUUUGUACUUUGACACCCAGAAAGAAUAACUACCUUUCCUUUUCAAGGAUUUGAUACUAAACUGACUUGAAUCUUCUCUCCGACUCUCAGAGAUGCUAUUCUAACGGCGUCGUUUAGUUCUUUUCCCAAACCAAACAAACCAGCUAGUAACAAACAAACAAAGAAAUAGUAUGAAAAAUAAUAAUUAUAAUCUCUGCGAAAUAACUAAAAAAAAAUAGUCAAACAAAAGAGAGGAAAAAAUAAAGUUGUCUCCUUUUCUCAUCAGUAACACAGUCAAUGAGCGUUCCUUCCGCCAUAGAACUUCUCUGAGGAAAAUAAAAAACCCUAGAGAGAGAGAGAGAUACAUCUUCACAGAUCCGCCCAUGAAGACUCUCUUACCUCUUCUCUUCAUCAUCAUCUCGUUCCUAUCUUCCAACGCAGAAGACGACGUCCUCUGUCUCCAAGGCCUAAAGAACUCACUCACCGACCCUUCGUCACGCCUCACCUCCUGGUCCUUCCCGAACUCCUCCGCCUCAUCGAUUUGCAAGCUCACCGGCGUCUCCUGCUGGAACGAGAAAGAGAAUCGCAUCAUCUCCCUCCAGCUCCAAUCUAUGCAGCUCGCCGGUCAGAUUCCCGAGUCUCUCAAGCUCUGCCGGAGCCUACAGUCGCUAGAUCUCUCCGGGAACGAUCUCUCCGGCGCGAUUCCUUCCCAAAUCUGCUCGUGGCUCCCUUACCUCGUCACUCUAGAUCUGUCCGGCAACAAACUCUCCGGCCCGAUCCCGACUCAGAUCGUGGAGUGUAAGUUCUUGAACGCGCUUGUCCUUAGCGACAACAAGCUCUCCGGUUCGGUUCCCACCGAAUUGAGCCGGUUAGAUCGGUUAAGACGGCUUUCUUUGGCCGGAAACGAUCUCUCCGGUACGAUUCCUUCCGAGCUGUCUCGUUUCGGGGAGGACGAUUUUUCCGACAAUAACGGUCUCUGCGGGAAGCCACUGUCGGGAUGCGGCGCGUUGAGCGGGAGGAACUUAACUAUUAUUGUGGUCGCGGGAGUUCUCGGGGCUGUCGGGUCGUUGUGUGUCGGUUUAGCGGUUUUCUGGUGGUUCUUUAUGAGAGAAGGUAGCGGGAGGAAGAAGAGAGGAGGAUACGGCGCUGGGAAGUCUAGAGACGAUAGUGAUUGGAUUGGUCUGUUGCGGUCUCACAAGCUUGUUCAAGUCACUUUGUUUCAGAAACCUAUCGUGAAGAUCAAGUUGAAUGAUCUAAUGGCUGCUACGAACGAGUUUAGUUCCGGGAACAUCGAUGUUUCUUCGAGAACCGGUGUUUCUUACAAAGCGGAUUUGCCUGAUGGGUCUGCGCUCGCGGUUAAGAGGCUUAGCGCUUGUGGGGUCGGCGAGAAGCAGUUUAAGUCGGAGAUGAGUAAGUUAGGCGAGCUUAGACAUCCCAACUUGGUUCCCCUUCUAGGGUAUUGCGUUGUGGAGGAUGAGAGGCUGUUGGUGUAUAAGCACAUGCCUAACGGUACGUUGUUCUCUCAGUUGCAUAGUGGUGGACUGUGUGAUGCGGGUUUGGAUUGGCCCACUCGGCUUAUGAUUGGCGUGGGAGCUGCUAGGGGUUUAGCUUGGCUGCACCAUGGAUGUCAGCCGCCGUAUUUGCACCAGUUUAUUAGCUCCAACGUUAUACUUCUUGACGAUGAUUUUGAUGCUCGGAUUACUGAUUACGGUUUGGCUAAGCUGGUUGGGACUCGUGACUCGAACGAUAGCUCGUUUAAUAAUGGUGAUUUGGGGGAGUUAGGUUACGUGGCGCCGGAGUAUUCGAGCACCAUGGUUGCGUCUUUGAAAGGGGAUGUGUAUGGGUUUGGGAUUGUGCUUCUUGAGCUGGUCACGGGGCAGAAGCCUUUGUCAGUUAUAAACGGCGUGGAAGGGUUUAAAGGGAGUUUGGUGGACUGGGUGAGUCAGUAUUUGGGUACUGGUAGAAGCAAAGACGCGAUUGAUAGAAGCAUAAGUGGUAAAGGACACGAUGAGGAGAUUUUGCAGUUCUUGAAAAUAGCGUGUAGCUGUGUUGUGUCUAGGCCUAAGGAAAGGCCGACGAUGGUUCAGGUGUAUGAGUCUCUGAAGAGCAUGGCGGAUAAACAUGGUGUUUCUGAGCAUUAUGAUGAGUUUCCACUAGUUUUCAACAAACAAGAAGCUUGAGUGAGUGACUUUUUUAGGCAGCGUAAAGCGCUAGAAAGGCAUGAGGAAUCUACUCUCUGUAUCAAAAGCCUUUUGUUUACUUUAUAUCUCAUUCUUUGUUCCUUCUCCCACUGUUGUUACUUUAUAACCGUGUCAGUGUUCUUGUGCUGUCUUGUGUCCUGUUUGUUGUAAAAUUAUAUGUACAUUCGUUGGGUCAUUAAUGUACUCUUUUGAAUGUAUGAGAUGAGAAAAUUUAUUU